AUGGAGCGUCCCGGUACGCGAUUGUACAGCCUCAAAAUAGAACCAAUUACGCGAGAGGUGUACUUAAAUUGCAAAGCGAAUAAUAUCGAAACACCGGUAGAAACUAGCAGCUUCAAGGAAACGGUCUCUGAUGAAGAUUUACAGCAGAAAUCGGAUGACUAUAUUGUGGAAGCGACUGCUGGCAGUAAAGCAAAGCGAAAGAAGAAACGGUACCACUGUACGCUGUGUGACAAAUAUUUGCACAACAUUGACGAGCAUCGUCGAAUGCAUGCGAACCAGCGCACCCAACAGUGCCCGUACUGUGAGAAAGCGUUCGUCUAUCGGUCGAAUCUGUACACCCAUCUGAACAUUCACACACAGGAACGGAUUUACCGGUGUGAGCAGUGUGGCAGCGAGUUUAGUAGCAUACAGGGCCUUAAACAGCACCGUACGAUACAUUUUGCGAGACAGUAUGCGUGUACCGUGUGUAAGCGAAUGUACAGCCGCAAGUGUUACCUUCGCAUUCACCAGCAAAGGAUGCACAUGCCGAAGGAGCAGAAGCACAAAUGUUUAAUUUGUGAUCGAGAGUUCCAAAACGAGACGCAGAUGGAGAAGCAUAUGACGAUUCACCAGGACAGCACACUCUUCGAAUGCAAUGCAUGCCAUCGGGUUUACAAUGCGAAAAGAAAUCUAGCCAGGCACAUAAGGACAGCCCACCGGCCACAGGCGUCGGCGGAAGGAUGA